AUGGCGCCCUCAACCUCGGACGCCGCGGCGUCCAUCAACGCCAAACUCCCCUCCGCCCUCCCGGGCGCCGUCGCCGACAAGAUCCCUCACAUCCCCGAGUCCAAGGAGGAGCUGAAAGCCGACACCAAGGCCGCUGCCUCGGGCCUCGCGACCCAGCUCCGCUCCCUCGCCGCCGGCGGCUUCGGCGGCAUCUGCGCCGUCGUCGUCGGCCACCCCUUCGACCUCGUCAAGGUCCGUCUCCAGACCGCCGACAAGGGCGUCUACUCCUCCGCCAUCGACGUCGUCCGCAAGAGCGUCGCCCGCGACGGCCUGCGCAGGGGCUUGUACGCCGGCGUCUCAGCCCCGCUCGUCGGCGUCACGCCCAUGUUCGCCGUCUCCUUCUGGGGUUACGACCUCGGCAAGUCCCUCGUCCGCUCCUCCUCCUCCGAUCCCUCUGCGCCGCUCUCCAUCGCCCAGGUCUCCGCCGCCGGCUUCUUCUCCGCCGUGCCCAUGACCGCCAUCACCGCCCCCUUCGAGCGCGUGAAAGUCAUCCUUCAGGUCCAGUCCCAGCGCCUCAAGCCGGGCGAGUCGCCCAAGUACGCCGGCGGCCUCGACGUCGUUCGCCAGCUCUACGCCGAGGGCGGUCUGCGCUCCGUCUUCCGCGGCAGCGCCGCCACCCUUGCCCGCGACGGCCCCGGAAGCGCCGCCUACUUCGCCGCCUACGAGUACAUCAAGCGCCGCCUCACGCCCAAAGACUCCGUCACCGGCAAGCCCACGGGCGAGCUGAGCCUGCUCGCCAUCACCGCCGCCGGCGCCGCCGCCGGCGUCGCCAUGUGGAUCCCCGUCUUCCCCGUCGACACCGUCAAGUCGCGCCUGCAGACCGCCGAGGGCAACGUCACCCUCGGCGGCGUCGUGCGCGAGGUCUACGCUCGCGGCGGCCUCCGCGCCUUCUUCCCGGGCUUCGGCCCGGCCCUAGCAAGGGCCGUGCCCGCCAACGCCGCCACCUUUUUGGGCGUCGAGCUGGCCCACCAGGCCAUGAACAAGGCUUUUGACUAA